CAUGGGCAGAAGUCGAUAAUUGCAUUCGAAUGAAAAUAAUUCAGCAAGGUAAAUAUUCCUCUGUGCUGCACUGCAGCUGAUCGAGUGUGACUCUAUUCGAGUCUGGUAUCGCCUGCCGCUUGUCGGUGCCCUUGGCCUUGGCUACAUCUCGAAGUAGCGAAGAAGUAAAGUUGUUACAUGCGGAGAGAGUCGCUGGCAAUCGCCGCAGUAGCUGCAGCGAUGUUGAAUAGGCGAAUUCCUGUCGCAGUCUGGGAAAACAACAACAUCAACAGCAAUAGCAACACUGACCUGGCCCUCUAGCUACUAGUGACCUCUGACUGAGUCUGAGAGGCUGGAAGCCGAAAGCCCGCUACAAAGCACUUCGUUACACUUACAGUGAGAAGUCUGUAACAUGGCCACAAUGGACGAACGCCACUGGUGGAUCUCCACCAAGCUGCAGGAAGCCUUUCAGUUCGGCGGCAGCGACGCACCAACGCUGUUGGAGGAUUUCAUGUGCGACAACGAAACACUGCGGUUGAUCGCCAGCUUCCUGUCGGGCAAAGGGGACGUGCGUCGCCUGUUCUUCUUCUGCGAGGAAAGGGAUGCUGACGGUCGUGAUGAGUACAGUGAUAAGCGGAGAGAGUUGCGCAUUGCCAUAGAACCGCCAUCGCCAGGCAGUGUCUGUAAUCAAGCGUGUUUGUAUUUCAUACGCUUCGGCACGGGAGUCGAUGGAAACGAGCGCAGCAGCUUGUCCGUAGAAGAUCUACCGGUGCAGGUUCUGGUGGGCUUCGUCAAGUUCUCGGCACUCCAGCAGUUCAGCACUGUGCUGGAGGAGGUGUUCGCACCUGUGCUGCAGCAGCAGAAGGCAUCGUGGGCGGCGGUGGCAGCAGCAGCAUCGGCGGGUAGCAGUGAUGGGACGGCGACGGUGGAGAGGACAGCGGUGAGAGCAGCACUGGACAAGGCGUCGGCGGUAGUGCGCAGCGAGUGCAGUCACGUCACGGUCGCGCAGAGCACCGUCCUGCGCAUCCCGCCCGCGUUCGACGUGCCGGCACUGGUCACGGCCGACAGCCGCAGUGCACGCGCCAUUGCCGACGCCCUCGGUCACUGCGAGCGACUGUGCGUCGAGUGGUGUGAUGUCAUUGAUACAGCCGUCAACAAUGACCGACAACGAAGGCUGAUGGAGUCCGGUGCUGGCCCGCUUGCUGAGGCCGAGUACUGGAUCCGUCACUCGGCCGUGCUGUCCAGCCUGCAGCAGCAGCUUAAGCAGCGGCUCUGCAUGCGCAUAAUGGGCUUACUGCUGGCGGGCAGGAGCAAGGUCUUGCGUCGCUGGAAGGCAGUGGAGGCAUCACUGCAUGAACAUGCUAGGGAGGCGCAAUUACGAGCAGCGUACAUGCACCAGCUAAAGCCCAGCUUCCUGGCACUGAAGCAGUCCCUCACGCCAAGGGAAAUGAUCGACCACGCGCUGCCGCGUUUGAUCGAGGAGAUCUUGAAGUCUAAAUACUCCAAACCUCUGCUGCUGCAGCACUACGUUGGCCUGGUUAUCCAGAAGGUGAGCAAGCAGGUUACACGCAACUGCAUGUCGUACCUGCGCUUGGCGGCUAUGGACCAAGAUAGCCAGGACGUGUUCUGGUCCGCCACUCUGGAUGCUAUCAGGUGCCCUGAUGGCGACGGUGAUCGCAACAAGUACCUGCAGGUCAGCCCGGUGAAGGAAAUGGACGAGGUGCUGGCCCUGCGGCGACAGUACCGGGACCGUCUGGUGAAGAUGUGUGAAUCGCUUGGUGUCGCUGCCCGUCAUCGCACUCUACCGGCCGUCCCCGCCGCUGCAGCAGCGCAGAGCGGCGUCAGUGGCAGCGGUGGCGGCAGUCCCCACGACCGGCCGUUCCGUCCGUCACAGGCUCAGCCUCAGGCGGUCAAGCAGGCGAAGGUGUCGAUGGUGACGCCCUCCACCGUGUCCACCAUUGUCAGCCGCGUCUCCACGUCAACCGCCGCCUAUGCCGGUGUGUCACUUGCUAAGCUCGAGAUUGUCAUGCAACCGGUCAGUGAGCUAGCCGAGCGACUGCGCAAAGUGCGCCAAGUGGUGGAAACGCUGCGCGAGUUCACUGCCCUGGAGCCCGCACUACAGGGUCUGCCAGAGGUGGUAGUGUCGGCGACCAACAGCGAGUCUGCUCCGUGUGCUAUGCUGCUGGAUGAUGAGGAGGAGGAGGAAGAGGAAGGGGAAGACUAUUCUGAUAGUAGUCAGCCUGAGAAUGCCACAGAGGUGGAAACAGUACCUUGUGUAGCGGUGUCUGAAGGAAGGCCCGAUCUCAACUUGUCGGUAUCCAGCGACAUAUUUGCCACGAUUUCACGGUCUUUCUCACGCAAUGUGUGUCCGGUGCUUGGCAUUCCGCGAUGUACAUCGUCGCCGUGUACUCGCAUCUCCACCGUGGUGAGUCUCGUCGUGGAGGACAUCGUACGCAUGUUCUCUGCCUCGUGCCCCAACGUCGCCGCCGUGCUCAACCUUCACCCGUCGUCGGUUGACUUCAACUACGACUAUCUCCACACGCAGUUUGUGGCGGCCAUCAAGCUGCUAGAAGAGUUACUCAACGUCUAUAUGCAGAUGAUGUUUGACUGGAGAAUGGGGAAAAUGGAGUCAGCUGACGUGCCCGCGCCGUUUUCUGAGCCGGCAACUCCCGGUGCUGAUUCAUCAGCUACCGGUGCCGAGUCUCCAACAGCUGAUUCAAGAUCGUCAAGUGCAGCGAGCACGGUGGUGUCCGUAGCUCAUUACAGCAGCCAGGGUACUGAACGGCCGCAGAGCUCCUUCACAGCAAUGCAGGCCUUGGAGUUUCUGGACAGGUUCAAAGCCGUUUCGAAACGGCAGCGCAUACGUGACCAUCUUGGCUUUUUGGCUGCGGACGCAGCGUCCCUCUACGAGCGUGACUUGAUGCGUAUUCGAGCACAUUAUGAAGCGAACAAGUCGAAGCCACCCAUUGGCUGGCACCAUCCACCUAUGACUGGUGCACUUAUGUGGGUGCGUCAGCUUCUCCAUAAUAUCGAGCGGCCAUGGAAAGCGCUAAAGGCAUAUCCAGCUGUCUUAAAGUCUUAUGAGUUUAUGUCAGCCCUAUCGUUACGUAACCGUCUGGCGUCCACACUUAUCAUGUUGGAGCAGAUGUGGAUAAAAGAGUGGGAAUCGCUGCCUAGACAUCUGGCUUCUUGCCUCAAAUCUCCCAUCCUGUCCUCUGACAGGGGCGAUGGGGCAAUCAGUGUGACAACUGGUCAACAGAUCAUGGAGUUUCUCCACGAGGUGCAUGGUGCAGAGCAUCUGCAGCUCACCAUUCACCCGGACCUAGCAAAGCUGAACAGGAAGCGUUAUCAGCUCUUCCAGAAUCAUUCCAAGCUGAGCGCACUGCUGUCGGACUACACACGUGCUGUGUGCGUGGUGCCCGACGAAGUACAGGGCUUGCUUAACAUCCACCGCCGCGUCAUUGGCCAGUGCCUGGAAGCCGGUAUCUCCGGCAAGCUGGCCUGGAACAGUACCAACAUUGACACAUUCCUACACUGUGCUAAGCUAGUCGUUGACGCCGUGGUGGACUUUUCCGAGCGCAUCGUUGACACUCUGAACUCCAUUUCCAAAGGCAUUCUGAUGGUAGAGCAGUUUAGCAUGCUGGGCAAGCGCCAUCUGCCCGAUAACAGCUCCACGACCCCGGAAAGAUUUGAGAAGAGCAUGCUGAAGGUUAUCCGCGAACGCUUCAAAGCCCUGCGUGAAGUAGUGUGGAAAGCCGAGAGCGAAGUGCGUGAGCUGCUGUCCAUGAGCGACCUGGAUAGCCAGGUGGCACAGGAGUCUCUGAUGGGACUGCGUGUGCGACCAACCAGCGCCAGGUCUAAGCGCUUUGUCAACGAAGUCGCCAGAGCAGGCCGACAGCAUAGCGUCGAGGAAGAGCCGCAGGCGGGCUAUUUCAUGAGCGGCGCUCCGCCGUUCAAAGCCAAGGUCCUGGAUCAAGCCAUCGUCGACGUCAUCACGCAGCAUUACGGCAAGUUAAUGCGAGAAGCACUCAUCACCUGUGUGCGCGCCGGUCUGACAAACUAUCUGCAGCUGCUACAAACGUCCUGUAGUAAUGUGAUGAGUAUCAAGGCAGAGUUGUGGUUUUUGUUCCCGGGCUUCGUUGUCACACCAUCGCUUGAAGUCAUCGAGCACGCUGUCAAGAAGAUUGCUGAGAAGCUGUGCGAGUUGCCGAGGAACUAUUCCUGGUUUGGACGACAGAUAAGCAUCAGCCCCGAAGUCAACGGCAAAGAAUUGUCUGCAGCCAGUGGUAGCAGCAUGUUUGAUUUUCUGCAAGCUACCAGGCAGGGUCUGGAGGAUGCAAAGGCUGGCUUUGAGCCGUACACAUACCUGUGGAUGAGUGACAUGAUGGGACAGUUUGCAGACUUCCAGUCCUCUGAACCCACGCCGCUGCAGUACCGUGCCAAAGUGGCCAAGUUCCAUGCCUUGUAUAAGAAGCUGGAAGCACUGCCCGUGGAGCACUCGCUGCCAUCUCUCUUUCUGGACAUUUCUCCAGUGAAGAAGGCACUUCUAACGGAGGCCAGCUAUUACCGCAGUCACUAUGCACAGGCCCUGCAUGACAAGAUGAAUGAUGAUCUUCAAGAGCUCAAUGCUGGGCAAAGCUCCGUCACCAAGGACAUGACUGAAGAGAUAGAGGACAUUGAUACACUGCAUCGUGUUCUGGUAGCAUGCGAUAGGGUGGCAUCCGCGUCAUUGUUCCUGAACGAGCAGGUUACCCCCAUAGAAGAAGCAUACCGAUGGAUGAGGGAAAUGGACGUCCGUGUUCAGCGUGACGAGGCUGACAAGCUCUCUCAGGCACGAGGUACUUGGAAGGCCAUCAAGGAAAAGGCGGACAAGGUCUACCACACGUUGCUGUAUGUCAAUCGGGAAUCGUGCAUUCACAUCAUCGAGAAUGAGCAGACCGAUUUUGAGAUGCUUCUCGCUCGCGAAGCCAAUCGGUAUGAGUCAAGCGGUCCGCAGGUCUCAUUUGCCUCGGCGGAGGAUGCGCUGGACAAGCUAAGUGACUUUCAGGACACUUACAAAAAGUUCAAUGCACGUCGAAUUACUCUCAAUGCCGUCGAAGAGAUGUUUCAUUUGAAAAAGACAGCUUUUCCAGUACUUGAUAGAAUUGGCAAGGAGCUGAAGAUCCUCGGGAACUUUUUCCAGGUACACCGAAAGUUCACCAAGUUCAUCAACACGUUUGUGGAGGAGCUGUGGGCGGAAUGUGACAUUGAUAAGUCCUACAAGAAGCUUGACAAGAUCUGGAAGAUUCUCAGGAAGACGGUUCCGCACAAGGAUGCCAACGGCUGGGUCGUGUACAGAGAGAUGCUGCAGUCGAUCACAACACUGCGCAAUGUAUUUCCAACCCUGCGCCUGCUUGCCUCAAAGGACAUGCAUCAUCGUCACUGGAUUCAGAUCAUGGAGACAACAAGCUGCUCAAUUUCCCUGGAAGCCGAUGUGCUGAAGGUGGCUAAUGUGCUCACCAUUGACCUAGAAAGGUAUGCCAAGCUGAUCGAGGACAUCUUCAACCGUGCCAAGAUGGAGAUGCAGCUGGAGCGGAGCAUUCUCAAGAUUUCCGAGGAGUGGUCCGAGCAGGUUCUUGAGUUCCGGCAGUACCGGAAGCGAGGCCCUCUCCUGCUCAGCGAACGCCAUGUCAAGGAACUGCUUGCCAGCGCCGAGAAGUCGCAGGAACUGCUUGGCACCAUGCUGGCCGCGCCGGAGGUCUCACCUCUGCGCGAUGAUGCGGCUGCCUGGGCAGCCAAGCUGUUGAAGUUGAUCAGUAUCCUGGGCAAGUGGCUCAGUGCCCAGGAUCUGUGGAGAAACCUGGAGGCUGUCUUCAGCAAACCCGAUGUGGCAAAGAAACUACCCCGGGAGAAGGAGCGCUUUGAGGCAAUUGAUGCCAACUGGGUUCGAAUGAUGAAGCAGAGUUAUGACGUCAAAAUUGUCCUUGUGGUCUGUUUCUCUGAAGAAUCACCGAAGGAAGCUUUCUUGCAGCAGUUCAUGUCCGAUCUGGAGCAUAGCCAGCGUUCUCUUGCUGAUUAUCUUCAUGAGAAACGUGAGGCGUUUCCACGCUUCUACUUUGUCAAUGACCGGAGUCUGCUUCACAUCCUAAGCAAUGCAUCUGUAGAUGUUGUUCGACCCUACCUGAAGAUGUUAUUCGGUAACAUCGUGGACCUCAACUCUGCCCCGGCGGUGGACGCUGUUGCAACGGCUGGCUUAGUACCAGGCUCGGCAGCCGCUGGAGCGUUACUGAACAAAGUUGGCCGGUUUGGAAUCCACCGCACUCUUCAAGACUUUCCCACGGUGAUGAAGAAAGAUUCCGUCGUGUCGGUGACAUCAUCGGAUGGCGACAAUCUACCAUUGCUGUGGACUGUCAAUCUUGAAAGUCCAUCUGAUGAGUGGCUACCAGCACUGCAGCAGAGUGUUUACGACACACUGUACCGCUCUGCUAGUGCUAUCGUGAAGGAGGCCAGUACAGAGCCAGUGGAGCACUAUUGCCUGGAGUGGCCAUUUCAAGUUGCUGUCAUUGGCCUGCAUCAACAGUGGACGAAAGACUGCCAUCAGGCUAUUCUAGAUGGCCGUACCGAUCGUCAGUCGCUAUCCGCUUUCCGGACAAAGUUUCAAGCACAUGUCACCCUGAUUCAAGGUAUGCUCAUGAGCAGCAGUGACCGCAAAGGCAAUCAGCUGGACACCCUGGGCUGGCAGAAAGUGCAGAGCAUGCUAGCGUUUGCUCUGUGUCUCCGUGAUUCCGUUGACGAUAUUGUCAAGAAGAAGGUGCGCAACACGACAGACUUUGACUGGGAGCGAUACCCUCGCUACUAUGUAGAGGAUCCCGUUGCAGUCAACGCGGCCGGGGGUUUGCCAACGGUCCAGUUUGGCAUACUUCAACACCGGAUAGCGUACGGUGGCGAGUAUCAAGGUAGCUCCAUGCAGCUUGGCGUCACACCGCUCACCGACCGGUGUUUCAUCAUGCUGGCACAGGCCAUGUCCACGUAUCAGAUAGGAUGCCUUGCUGGCAACUACUCGGCUGCCAAGACUGAGACAAUCAAGAUGCUUGCCCAGUCGUGCGGUGCCUUUUUGAGAGUGGUUGCCUGCUCCAGCUUGCUGGAGGCACAGUCCGUGCUGACAACGGUCAGCGGGUGUUCUCAGGAUGGCAGCUGGCUGUGUUUCCAGGACGUGCAUCUCCUACAGGGCAUCGUCCUGAAAGCGCUGGCCAGUCACAUGAAAGAUCUGCUCGAGUCCUUCAGGCAGAACAAGACGCGGUGCGUGCUGCGCACCGGCCAGUCGUUCCACAUCAACCGCCACUUUGCAAUCUUCACCACAGCCAAGCUGGAUGGCGACCUGCCGUGGACCCCACCAGGGUACAUACGUGCACAGUUCCGUACGGUCUCGAUGAUCAAACCGGAUGUGGCCAUCUCUAUGCGCCUCGCCUGUAUGGCCAACGGCUUCAAGGCUUUCAAGGCGAUCGGUGACAAGCUUCUCAUGCUGUCCACUAUAUGUCGACAGCAGGGGCAUGGAAGCCCAAAUCUAGACUUUGGCCCAGUAGAGCUACUGGAAGUAGUGCGCUCUGCUGGGGAAUGUCGUCAUCUAGCUGUGGACUGUAUCAACACAUUCCUGUCAAGACGGAAACAUCUAAACGAUGAACUGACUCAGCUAGUAAUCCAGGCAGCUACCAGAGAUCCUGGCAGUAAGCUGGUCAAGCGGGACAAGUAUGGCAUAGACGCAUUGUUCACGGCCAAGGUGGAGACACAGAUUGUUGGAGAAGUCUUGAGUCACCACUACAGCUGCAAACUGAGUCCACAUGACCGAGGCGUGUUUGCGUACGUGCACAACGGCCUGUUUGCGACGGAAAAGGAGAGAGCGGUGCCGUCAAUACUGGAGCUGUCACGGACACACCCAUACCCGCAGGAUGUCAUGCUUGAUAUGGUGAAGGACACUGCGGAGGAACUGAAGAUCUCUGCGCCGCUGGCAUGGCUAGAGCAAGCCAAAGUCAUGUAUGAACAAGCUUACCACUUCCCAGCUCUGAUUGUGACGGGAGAUAUUGGUAGUGGAAAAUCCACACUCAUCAACGUCAUGGUGAAGAGUCUUGACACGCUGUGCAGGCACAUUGCCAGGGACCACCCGAUAGUCUUCAAGCUGCUUGAGACCGUCCUUGCCGUGAUGUUCAACACGCCGCGAGGCCGCAUGAAGCGCUUCAGCCCGCUGGACGAUGAGAUACUGCGCGACGUCGGCGACUUGGCGAUCAACGAAGGGCACCGUCUGUUCCGCGUGCAUCACGGCGCUGCCUCCAAGCCGGAUCUGAUGAUCGGCCACCGCGAGCCAGCCAGCAGGAACUGGAUAGAUGGUGUGGUGACGGCGCAUAUACGCAAAGCACAGAAAACCAAUGAUAUGUCCUGGCUGUGGCUGGACGGUCCCUUGUCUGCGCCAUGGAUGGACAUCUUCACCGGCCUUGUGCAGGAUGAAAAGACCUUGCUGUUGCCAACAUGCGAGCAGGUCGUACUGCCAAAGACGUGCAAGCUGAUAUUCGAGUGUGAUGAUAUCAUGUCUGCAUCCCCAUCACUGAUUGGCCGCUGUGGUGUCGUGCGAAUUUCUAAAAAACUGUUGACCUGGAGGGAGCAGAUGAAUGUCUGGCUUCACUCGCGACCAUCUUAUGAAUCUGAGCCACUUCUUCCCAUAUUUGAGCGUAUCUUGGAUCACCUGAUGAAGUACAUCUCAACCAUUGAGCAGCCCAACUUUGUUCAAUCUCGAACAGGGCUGAUGUCUUCGUGUCUCUCAUUGCUUACCGGAAUGCUGGAUGAUAUGGGAUCUAGCAGUGGUGAGGUUUUGGAGUCUACUCACAUGGAGAAGCUUCUGCUAUUCUCUGUUCUCUAUUCAUACGGCGCUGUGGUGCCCAUCCAAGACAGGUUUGCGUUCUCACAGCACUUGAGAGGCUGCUCCGACAUACUACCUGACUUUGAAGGAACUCCGUACACUGCAUUUGACUUCUACGUGUCGGACUCUGGCGAAUGGGAUCAUUGGUCAACUUGGCUCGACGAUGCUGAGGAUAAGCACAGCGACCCGCUCGAUCAUUUACUCGUCGAAACCACCGAAACGGCACAGCUCCGCUUUCUGCUCGGAAUGGCCGAGGCGGCCAAGAAAGAUAUUCUUCUGGUCGGUCCACCCAGUGCUGGAAAAUCAGCAGUGAUCAACCAGUACCUAACUGACAUAAUUCCUGAUGCUGAAUCCGAGAAGGCAGACUAUCUGAUACGGCGGUUGGCGUUUUCCUCGGCAACAACAUCUGAUCACCUCCAGAGUUUCUUGGAUUCGUCCAUGAUACAUCGGCAAGGAUUGACGUUUGGGCCACAGCAUCAGAAGAGGAUGGUCAUUUUCAUUGACGAUGUCAACUGUGCAGCCCAUGAUCAGGGUACAUGUCAGUCAGCCAUCGAGUUGCUGCGUCAAGUUCUUGAGACACGCACCCUGCUUGACUACAAACGUUCAGGCAACCAAGUUCACACGCUGGAGGAUAUCAGGUUUAUUGCAGCAGCAACUCUGCCGUACAAUGGCUGCCGCCUGGAAGUGUCGCAGAAGAUGAUGCGUCAGUUCUUGGUUAUCCAUGCGCCGGGCUAUUCAGAAACCAGCAGGAAUGCUAUUGCAGAAGCUCUGGUCAAGGCGGCACUGUAUUCGGACACAGAGUUCGUGGAGAAACCCAUCCAGGAACACAUUGCCUGUGCUACCAGUCGACUCCUGAAGCAGCUACUCAAAGCUCUGACUCCAAUGCCAGUACCCGGACGAGUGCAUUACAAUUUUUCACUGUUUGAUGUUGCACAGAUUGUCAAGGGCCUCAGUCGCUUGAAUAACAUACUUCAGUUGGACAUGGAAUUGGAUGCGCAGGAAAUUCCGGGCAUCUUCUAUGAGAUGUGGCGCUACGAGGCUCGCUCUGUCCUUUUAUCCAAGGUCACUCGCCAGGCUGAGGAAACCUGGGUAGCGGCAAUCAUUGAUGGCAUCAUGCAUGAUGCAUUUGCGGAACACUACACUUCUCCCAAGGAGCAUGAGAUGUUUGUGACAUUGCCCCUCAGCCAUGCACAAUAUGAACAAUCUGCAGAGAAUCUCACUGUCCAGAUCAGUCAAGUGAAGGAGAACUCCAAACAGUCCAUCAGGCACGCCAUACAGGAGGUGAUCAGCGUCGACUCGCAGUUUGAGGAGUUCCACGACGUGCUGAAAGGAGAGCUAUGCACGUUUGCCCUGGAGCACGUGGUACAACUGCACCGGUGUUUGGUCGGGGAAGGAACACACGUUGUGUCAGUGUGCACAGCGAGCCACAAGAACUCAUCGCUUGUCCGACUUGCCUUUCUGCUCUCCAAUCAUCGUGUGUUUGACGUCGUGCCCGAACCCACCGGGGCGUUCUUUGAGUGCCUGCGGACCGUGUUCAAGCUGGCCGUGUGUGAAAACAAGCUAUGCGGUCUCGUGGUGGAGGGCGAGCAGUUCGACAAUCCCGUAGUGCUGGAGGCAAUGAAUAGCCUGAUGACUUGCGGAGAAGUAGUCGGACUGUUCAGCGAGGAUGAACUGGACGGUCUGAUCCAGAGCCUACACCCCAUGCUCUCAGUGGAGUACCCGCAGUUUCUCACGUGUCCAACUCAGUUUGUUCACAACAAAAUCCGCGAGAAUCUGCGAAUUGUCGUGUGUCUCCUGCCGGACAGUCGCUUCCUGAACUGUGCUGAACGGCUGUGCCCAUCACUGCUGUACAAAUGCCAAACACUCUGGCUGCACAACUGGAGUCAGAAAGAUCUCGAGGAAGAAGCCAGAUAUACGCUGUUCCAGCAAGAGCGCAUUCCUAGGCUGAGCCGUGGUCUAGAAUUGUAUCUGGUCAAGUCGCUGGCUGCAUGCCACCUUUUGAUGCGCAGUUACAGCAGGCAGGGUCUGUGGAGAGGCCCAGAGCCGGAGAAAGAGGCCCCAAGACAGGCCGAUGCAGCCGUGCAGCAGGAGUCCUCCUCGCCACCACUGCUUGCCAAGGCCCUGGCACGGCACCGUGCUCAGAUGCACAUACCACCACCAGCGGAGCCCGGCAGAAUGCCUCGGAAGACGUCACAACUUGUGAAAAGUCACACAGGAAACAAGACUUUGAAUCCUGCCCUGCUCGAAGAGAUCCAGGAGAGUGAUGAUGCAGCUCUGCCGUUGCAAAUGACCAAUGCUGCUAUAGUAAAGGAAGCUCUCGAAGCAGAGAACUGUGAGGCCUGCACCCGCAGACUGCCGAUUGCCGAGCGCGUGCAUGCGUGCUUUCUCGGCUCAGGUGAUGCUGAUAUCGACGAUACACCUGCGAACACCAAGCUGUCAUUGGACUUUAUUGGUGCGGGGACGUUCCGUCACUUUGUGAGCGUUUUCAAGCAGCUCUACCUGGACAAGGUGGCGCAGUCUUCAAUAUCCAAAGAUCAAAUGAUUGCUGCCAUUGACACGAUACAACGGACCAACAACCGUAUUGCCGAGAUCCAGGCAGAGGCGGCAACGAAGACUGCAGAGCUAGAAAGCGUGGAAGCCAAUGUGCAACGAUCGCUCGCCCAGCUAACGGAGUCAUCCUCGUUGCUGGAGGCGCUGUAUGCGCGCAUGAAUAUUGAUAAGCACAAAGGCCGCUACUUAGCUGCUGUGCUCGGUGCGACUGAUGAGCGGGUGAACAACCUAGAGGAGCGCCAUCGAGUUGCUUUGAGCAAUCGAGUCAUGGUCGACAAGGCCGAGCUUGUUUCCGGGCUGGAGAGGCAACAGCAAGAGCUGGAAACUCGUAUUGUGGCUGCUACGGAAACGACGAACAAACUUUCUGAAGAUCUGGCAAACGCCAAGUCGAAGGUUCUGGCGGUGAAGGCCAAGAUUGAUCGUAACACCAUGGAGCGGAUCCGAACACUGAACAGUCCGCCAACACUGAUUGGAGAGGUGAUGGAGAUGAUCCAGGAAACGCUCAGGUUCUAUGCUCCAAUCAGUGCAUCUCAAGAGGGAACGCCGGCUUCUGGUUCUCAAGUCUCCACGCUAGGCGACACAAGCAGUAAAGCAGGGCCACCACAGACACCAGCGGCAGCACUGAAGCGUCGUCAAACAGGCGGCCUUCAGCUUCAGCUUCAGAGUAAGAUCGACAAAGAUCGUUGGGCCGACAUUCAAUUGUCUAUUGGAGAUCCGCAGCGGUUUGUGGACUCUUUGUUCGCCGUUCCGUGGGAGGACACACUGGAGCCGGCCAUCCUCAAUCUCCUCGAGAGUAGAUUGAAGCCACAGCAGGUCGAGGUGAGAGAACCUACACACAGGCGAGUAGGGGUCAGGACCACUGCUGCUGCCGCCACGCCCAGACCCAAGGCUACGGGGCUCAAGGACGGCGCACCGCGGGCCACACACAUGGAGACCAUGAUCACCGUGAAGAAAGCCAAGUACGCAUCCGAGGACACGGCCAUUCUGACCUCCUACAUGCUGGCAAUCGUGGAUUACCAGCGCGCUCUGCAGCCGCACAUAGUCGCGUGUGAUCAGCUGGGCGAGCUCAAGUCGGAGCUGUCCGGUCUGCUGCUGCAGAGCAAACUGCAAUCUCAACCCAGUGAAGAAGCAAGCAGGGCAGCAACACCAGCCCCACCAGUGCACCGGGGCUUGGUUCUUAGUCCUGAUGAGGUCACCCGCCUCAAGGAUGAAAUGGCUGAGGCCCAGAGGCAGUACGAUGAGGCUGUGAUGAAGAAGUUCACGCUGUCUCUUCGGCUCAAGGAGAUCAAUGAAGACGUUCGCAAUGUCUCGCAUCUGAUGACAUGGUUAAAUCAGCAGGAGAAGCGCUGGAAAGCAGUGGCUACUCGGGACACAGAGAGCUCUACUGCGGCCACAAACUGCCUUGUGCUGGCCGCCUUUCUUGUUUAUGUCUCACCAUUACAUCCGGGAUGCAGGCAUGAGCUGAUGGACAAGGUGUGGCGGCUGUGCUUGCGGCACGGAAUGCCCGAGCCGAGCAAGAAAGUGCUGAAGACCUGCUCAUACAGUGAAUUUGUCCUGUGCAGCGGUUGCAAUGCGGAGAAUUAUUUGGACUGCUUCAAGCGUCGCCAGCUGCAGCUGAUGCUGCCAACGGACGACGCGUCACAACUGGUCGCUGCCAUGCUGUCUAACGGCCAACUGCCCAGUGUUCCUCUGCUGACAGACACUCACCUUUCAAUGCAAGCCUGGCUGAUGUCCUUCACUGACAAUAUGUGCUGUCUUAAGCACCAGGACAUUGAACUUCAUCAAAUGCUUGAAGAGUGCAUUCUGGAAGGCAGAACAAUGGUCAUUAUGGACGUCGAGCCGUCCAGUCUGCUUGAAGAUCCCAUUAUGAUGCAAGUACUGCAGCAUGAAUAUCCUCUCAAGGAAACGAAGAAAGCUCCGUUUGGUAAUCGGGAGCUGGCAUGGCAUGAGUCCUUCAGGCUGGUAUUAUGUACAUGUGUGGCUAUUAAAGCUAUCCCACAGCAAUUGUUUGACACGGUUAUUGUUAUCGAUGCCACCGGUGAGCGUGGUGGUGUGGUGAACAUCUUCAGCCGCCGCUACAUGGCUGUCGCCAAGCACAUGCAGCGUUCCCAUGUGGAAACUAUAAACGAGCGCAUAUUCACGAUACAAGAAAAGCUGGAGGAGAUCGAACUCAACAUUGUCAAGAUCAUGUCCAAGUGUCCGAAGAUGUUCGACGUUGUCAACAUGGCCCUUCUCCGCAGCAACCUGCAUGGGCUGAAGAAGCGCCACGACAAAGAAACGAAGGAGUUGGAGUAUCUGCUUGACGUCGAGAGUCGGGCGGGUUCCGAUUGUGAAGAGCUGGCAAGCAGUGCAGCUGUACUGUACGAAGCCCUGUGCAGCACCGAGGUGCUGUGCGCACAGUUCACCGUCAAGCUACCGGUCAUUUUGCAGAUACUGGACUCGGCCGUCCGUGAUGUGGACCCUCCGCACCGUCUCAGCGACAUUUGGUCUCUCUUCCUAUCUCGGGCCAUGUCUUAUGCAUGUGGUAUGCUGGAAGAGCUCGAUCAGAUUGCCUUGUCCUUCUUUUUGGCCAUCGAAAUGUGGCAAGAGCAGGAACGAGCAGCAGAUAGCCGCAAGGCACUCGUCACACAGCUCGAGAAGGACUUCCUUCUCGCACCGGCAUCGACAGCAAUGAAUGUGUUCUGCGUAGUCGGCGCACCUCCUGUGAUCAACAUCCAGAUGCCCACUGCUAUUGUGGAUCGCAGUACGAAGGAGAAGGGCAAGUUGCCAAUGUGGAAGAAACCGUUUGAUUGGCUACAGGAAGAACAGUGGCAGGGAAUUCAGCUACUAGCGUGCAGCAUGCCCUGGUUUAUAGAGCCAGUAGAGAAGAUGAGUCGUGACGGCAAGGAACAACAAUGGCGUGUGCUCUGUGAGACGCAGUUCCCACAGAAUCUUCCCUUGCCCGAUGGCCUUGACUCCAAGAUUUCUGAAUUCCAGCGUCUGCUGGUACUGCGUACCAUUCGGCCGGACCGCAUUCUGCCGGCUAUCUUGGACUGCACUCGCAAACUACUGCAUCCAAAGUUCAAUCACACUCCAGACUUCUCGCAGAUUCCAAGAUUCGUAAACCGGCGUUGUCCAGUACUGGUUCUGUAUGACUCGGAAGAGCAGUACCCCGCUAUUCUUAUCAAAGGACUCGCCAAGAAAAACGGAAGACAGGUUGAGUGCUGUACGCUUGCGUCCACAUCACAGGCCAUGGAAAGAUACUGCAUUGACAUUUGCGAGAGGUCGCAAAGACUGGGAUACUGGCUGAUCUUGGAGGAUAUCCAGUGCUGGAAGUCCUUGUCUGUCAAGAUCGCUACGCUUGCACAGGACGCAAUGUCAGUGAAUCCCAGUUUCCGACUCUGGUUCACCGCCACGCUGGACAGUGUUGAUGAUCUACCCGCUGCUGUCCUCGCCUGCUCCAUGCCGUUCCGUGCCAAGAGUCCCUUGACUGUGAGUCGUAGUAUGCAGCAGAACAUGGCAUGGCUGGAGACCGCCUUGCUCGGUGAGAGCACGCGGCCAGAGUGGGUACCGACGCUGCACAACGCCUGCGCCCUGCACUCCUUACUCGUCCUGCGCAGCAACAUCAAACUGCCGUCACUCGGCGUCGCACAGCACUGGAAUACAUCGCACAUCUGGGAGGCACUGCGCUGGAUAACGCAGGAGUUCCGCUCCGCUGACAGCGUGAUUGCGCAGGUCGGUGCCGGGGAGAACACACGCUCAGUGUCUUGGACUGCGCUGCGCUACUACAUCACCGAGGUGAUCUACGGUGGUAGCGUGGCCAAUGCCACUGAUCUGCAGACCAUAUCAACACUGGUGGCAACGUGGUUCUCACCAAGCUCAGUCAGCCGUGACUUUGAGAUACCCAAACUGGGCUACAAGUUACCAGCGGCUGCUUUCCGUGCCAAUCCAUCCACCACAUCUCUCUCGCGUGACGUCACCAGCAAGCCGCGUGUACUGCCUGACGCGGCCGAGACCUGCUACUUGCACCCAAUUCCCGAGGCUCGUCCACGCUAUGGCCUGGAAGUACUGCAGCGUAUCAAUCAACUGUUCACUGGGUUUGAGGACCGGGCACCGAAUGCCCACAGCCGCAUGGCCAGUCGCCGUGAGAAGCUCGCCAGCAGCUACGAGAGCCUGAAACGGGUGUUCAAGGCGCCCAGCCGGGUGUAUGAGGUGAACGAGGGCCCGCGGAGGACGCGCAGAGUUCCGCUGCACAUCGUUGACACGCGCCCGGCCGGCGGCAAAACAAUAGAGAAGGAUGUCAUUCUGAACGUGCAGCCAUUGUUCGCUGCAUUGCAUGAGCCGGCCAUAGCUGACCUCUCUACUAUCGUUGCCACUCUCCUAACCCGGGUGCCUGUAAUCUGGACGAGAGAGGUUCUUAAAGACCGGCCGGGCAAGCCGUUCUACUAUGAGCGGCGGGAAACACCAGCAUGGCGUAACUUUGUGCAUGCAGAGCUGUGCUGGAUGAACCGUGUCAUCAAGGAAGUGCACUGCACUCUGCAGGGUAUCAAAUUAGCUCUAGAGCAACGCAAGCCAUCGUUCGAUUGCCUGUCUCCAGACAUGCGUUCGGCGUACCAGUGCCUUCAGCAGUCGAUUGUGCCACCGCACUGGUGUGAGCUGGCUGGGCCAGCGUCACCACCUUGCAACACCAGUGCCAAUGCCUGGAUGCAUGAUCUGCAGCAGAGGAAUGCUCAUCUUGAGAGCGUGCUUACUCAGCCCCGUGAGAAGAUACCCUGCUAUCAGCUGGGCCUGUUCUCCGAUCCCGCCAGUAUGCUGUCGGCUGUAGUUCAGGAUAUACCGAAAGCUAUUCGCGAGCGGCUAGCCGUCACAAUCGAACCCAGAAUGCUCAGAGCUGAGGUCACCAGCCGAGAUCGCGAGCAUCUCCGCGCCCCGCCACCGGAAGGUGUGUUUGUCCACGGUGCACAGCUAUGGGGUGCUGCGUGGGAAAGGAGCAGCGCCGACGCGUACGACGCCUGUCCUCGCACGUCACCCUCGCCAAUGCCUGUUAUCCAGCUGAAGCCGGUGACAUUGGACUUUUCACCGUCGCAGAAGGACGCCCAGGGCGGGCAGGUCACUGGGCCCGGCGGUAUGGUGCUGCAAAUGGGCAACCCGUCAAAGACAAGUGGCGGUCCCUUGUCCGCCGCUUUCCACUGUCCCGUCUUUCAUGCCCAGGGUUCCAAGAACAGACCUCCACUGUUCACCGUCGAUUUCUACAAGCACGAGGACCGCCUGCCCCUGCGCUGCACGCAUGCCACACUUCGCCCGUUCUAGAAGCGUUGCGUUUCCGAGAGCUGUCCGUUACGCUGCUUGCCUGGAUUCGAGUAUUCUGUCCAUGACUUCGACGUGUAUCCGACCUUAGUUUGUGUGUUAUUUGGUCUGUAUAGAGACAAGUUGUGACAUCAUCAUUGUGCUGUUGACACUGCAUGGACAUCGACUAAGAUGAACAUGCCUAGUGUUCUUGAUCUGUGUUGUUUCUCACCUCUGCCCAUCGAUUCUAUUCCACUACAUUUUGCCAUGUUACCCUGAAAAGCAGAUCAGAAAUUCAUGUACACUAUGCUAUGUGUAUCAUUGUAUGGGUUUGACGCAGUUGAAACUUUAGUGAUUUAUCAAGAAUUUGCCACCACACAGUAUCCUACCAAUUGCAUUUGCAACCGUCACUGGUAUUUGUGUAUGUGACAUUGUUAAACCGGUGCUUUCAUGUCCAAUUGACCAAAAGUCUCUUCCCAGUUUUACAUGCCUGUUUUGUAUGCUCGGCUGCGUUCUCUUCAAUGCUUUCGUUCCAUUUUUUCAAUUGUUCCUGCUUGUGCACUUUUGACGGGUCUUGGCAUUCCACAAUUUAAUGGGUACCGGGUGGCCGUCGUUAGGUUUGAUAUAAUUAUUAUUGUAGCCCGGUAUGACUAUGCUUGUACUAUUCUUGUUUUAUGACUUGCCGACAUACGUUUGACAUGCUUUUGAUAUGCUUUUCGGUCUUUUUUGCUCGACAACCAUGUACAGGACUGUAGCACGGGGAUUUCAGAUGCUCCGGCCAAAUGGGAUACUUGACCGGAAAUGUGCAACAUUAACCCCGUUUUGCACGAAUUGGGUGAAUUGAAGUUUUCCAAAAUCAUGAAGGCCAAGGCCGCACCUGGUGCCACAGCCCUGAUAUUGCAUCGGUGGUUGCCCAAUACCGGUACCAGUAGGCAGUACUAGUACGUGUAUCUUA